UGAAUGAACGUUGCUUCAGUCACUUCUCGCAGUUUCUGGCGAUACCAUGAGUGAAGUGAGCGAAAAAGAGACAAAUCCGCCGGCGACAGAGGCGGCGCCACCGUGUCCGACGGUGACGCAGCGGGACCAAUGGAUGGUAGAAUCACAAGUGUUUCAGAUUUACCACCUCUUCGCCACCAUUCCUCCCAACGCCCAAACCCUCAUGUUGGAGCUGCAACGCGAUAAUCACGUGCAGUUUCUCUCUAAAGGACUUCGUCACCUCAGUUCCGCGUUUUCCGUAUUGGACUCAAAUCGACCAUGGCUGUGCUACUGGAUCUUCCACUCCAUUGCUUUAUUGGGAGAAUCCGUCGAAGAUGAACUCGAAGAUAACACUAUCGAAUUUCUUAACCGUUGUCAGGAUCCAGAUGGUGGAUAUGCUGGAGGACCAGGCCAAAUGCCUCAUAUUGCCACAACUUAUGCCGCAGUUAAUACACUUAUUACUUUGGGUGGUCAGAAAUCCCUGGCAUCAAUUAAUAGAGAUAAAUUGCAUGGGUUUCUGCGAAGAAUGAAGCAGCCAAAUGGGGGGUUCAGGAUGCAUGAUGAUGGAGAAAUUGAUGUUCGAGCUUGCUACACUGCAAUCUCUGUUGCAAGUAUUUUGAACAUUUUGGAUGAUGAGCUGAUCCAGAAUGUUGGAGACUACAUUUUAAGCUGUCAAACAUAUGAGGGUGGCAUUGGAGGCGAGCCUGGUUCUGAGGCUCAUGGGGGGUACACCUUCUGUGGAUUAGCUGCAAUGAUUCUGAUUGGUGAGGCUAGUCGCUUGGAUCUGCCUCGGUUAAUUGACUGGGUGGUAUGCCGGCAAGGUAAGGAAUGUGGAUUCCAGGGAAGAACAAAUAAAUUAGUGGAUGGAUGCUAUUCCUUUUGGCAGGGAGGUGCUGUUGCACUAUUGCAAAGAUUAUAUUCUAUUAUUGACAAACAAAUGGAAGAGACCUCACAGAUUUUUUCGAUAUCUAAUGUAUCUGAAGAUAAAGAAAGUUUGGCUGGAACCUCUACUCAUGCAACUUACCGUGGUACUCGUGCUAUAGAAUCUGGUUCAACUGAUCUUAAAAACAUUGCUUAUAAAUUUAUUAAUGAGUGGAGAGCACAAGAACCACUUUUUCACAGUAUUGCUUUACAGCAAUACAUUCUCUUGUGUGCCCAGGAGCAAGAAGGUGGAUUGAGAGACAAACCAGGUAAACGUAGAGAUCAUUAUCACACAUGUUACUGUUUAAGUGGGCUCUCAUUGUGCCAAUAUAGCUGGUCAAAGCACCCCAAUUCUCCACCUCUUCCUAAGCUAGUAUUGGGCCCCUACUCUAAUCUAUUAGAACCUAUCCAUCCCCUCUUUAAUGUUGUCUUGGAACGAUAUCGUGAAGCUCAUGAAUUCUUCUUUACUGAGUCAUGACCACUGAUCUGGUCCUUAGCUACCGACAGCUUGUUUAUCUGUACAAUGUAAAAUCAGUUUCGUUAAAUAGCUACCUUACUGGAGCUGUUGCAUAGGAAUUUCUGCAAUCCGUGAUUGUGGAAUAUUGACUUUCCCCCAUAUGGAUAAUCAGUAAUUGAUGCAACGUAAAAUAAAUUUAUUGGAACAUUGCAUAUAAGUGUAACUGGAUUGCUCG